UAGACAUGAUCUUCUUCAGAUCAUAGAAGCAAACCAACAUUAUUUAAUUAUACUUCACAUGCUCUGUUAUAGUUUUUGAAAACUGAUUUAUACCAAAGCGUGAGAUUUUUCCCAUCUUUCUCGUGAAAACUCAGGCUCACAAGCCAAUAAAGGCAACCACACAACCUUUCACACCACUUGAUCACAUUCACUAUCAACUCAUCCACCUUCAUUGCCUUUUCUUCCAGUAAUAUAAAUCCUCCCUCUGAUCAGUAAUCUGAAUUCCCAUUUGCAUCAUAAACACAACACAAGUUAGUUCAAUUCUUGUUCUUCAUAGUUCAUACUCUAACUGUUUGCUUUAAUUCCUUUCCAAGUAACUGGGCGUGUUGAGUUUUUCUUUCUUCAUCUUCCUUGGUUUUUCUUUUCAUAUUCCUACUGUUGUAAAUUGGAACUUCAAAGUACAAGCUUUUGAGAUUUGGAGGUUGUCUUUUUGCAAGGAAUUGAACUGUUGCACAUCAUUACCAUCUGGGGUAUCUGAAAUUCAGGUUUUUCUCAGAAUUGAGGCAAUCACAAUGGUGUCUGCUCGUGUGACCUUGAAAGCCAAUACCCAUUUCGUAAACUCGAGAAAAGACAAUAUUUUUCGUCAAGAUGGUGGUUUUUUAGGUGAGAGACUCAAAGGGAGCCUUAAUUACAGUCCUUGGAUCGCUAACCAAUUGGCCUUAAGUUUGAGAACCCAGGAGAGGGUGAAGAACGCAAAACCUGGUGUUGUUUCUGCUGUUCUUACUUCAAGUACUACCAAAGAAUCAGUGACUUUUCAAAUGCCAGCGUUUCUCAGAAGAAAGGCUGACCCCAAAAACGUUGUUUCCAUCAUUCUGGGAGGGGGUCCUGGGAUUCAACUAUUUCCUCUCACCAAACGAGCUGCUACACCUGCUGUUCCUGUUGGAGGAUGUUACAGGCUUAUAGACAUCCCAAUGAGCAACUGCAUCAACAGUGGCCUCAACAAGAUAUUUGUACUGACCCAAUUCAACUCUGCAUCGCUCAACCGUCACAUCUCACGCACCUAUUUUGGAAAUGGAAUCAACUUUGGCGAUGGAUGUGUGGAGGUUCUGGCGGCUACUCAAACUCCAGGAGAAGCUGGGAAGAAAUGGUUCCAAGGAACCGCAGAUGCUGUGAGGCAAUUUACAUGGGUAUUUGAGGAUGCCAAAAACACAAACAUUGAGAAUGUGUUGAUCUUGGCCGGAGAUCAUCUAUACCGAAUGGAUUACAUGGAUCUUGUGCAGAGUCACGUUGACAGAAAUGCAGAUAUUACAGUAUCAUGUGCUGCUGUAGGUGAGAGCCGUGCAUCAGAUUAUGGAUUGGUCAAGGUAGAUGCCAGAGGUCGCAUCAUCCAUUUUUCAGAAAAACCCAAGGGUCCUGAUCUAAAAGCAAUGCAAGCAGAUACUUCUGUUUUCGGGUUGUUACCCAAUGAGGCAAAAAAGUCACCAUAUAUUGCAUCAAUGGGGGUUUAUGUAUUCAAGACGGAUGUUUUACUCAAACUUUUGAAAUGGAGGUACCCUACAGCUAAUGACUUCGGAUCUGAAAUCAUUCCUGCAGCUGUGAGGGAACACAAUGUUCAGGCGUAUUUAUACAAUGACUAUUGGGAAGACAUUGGAACAAUAAAAUCAUUUUACGAUGCUAACUUGGCUCUGACUGAAGAGAAUCCAAUGUUCAAAUUUUAUGACCCCAAAACACCCAUUUACACCUCUCCAAGAUUCCUACCACCCACAAAGAUUGACAAAUGCCGGAUUGUGGAUGCAAUAAUCUCCCAUGGAUGUUUCCUUAGGGAAUGUAUCGUUCAACAUUCCAUAGUGGGGGAACGUUCACGUUUGGAUUAUGGUGUUGAGCUCCGGGACACUGUAAUGAUGGGAGCUGACUAUUACCAAACUGAAUCAGAAAUUGCUUCUCUUCUGGCAGAGGGGAAGGUUCCCAUUGGGAUUGGAAGGAAUACAAAAAUUAGAAACUGCAUAAUUGACAAGAAUGCAAAGAUAGGGAAAGAUGUCAUCAUCACAAACAAAGAUGGAGUUCAAGAAGCAGAUAGACCAGAAGAUGGAUUUUACAUUCGAUCAGGAAUCACAGUCAUAUUGGAGAAGGCAACAAUAGAAGAUGGCACUGUCAUAUAAACGGGUGGAAGUGCUUAUUUUCAUGGAUUGAUGGCAAGAAGUCGCUCGAAGAAGCAUUCCAAGGAACUUUUGCCUUCUUUGGGGACAGAAAUUGAGAAAUCAGAACCCCUUUUGUUAUAUAUGCAAAAUAGAAAGAUGUCUCUCCCGUUGCAUGUAAAAAUAGAAUGAACAAACAAUGUGUGAAAUCAGAUCAAGUUAAAUAAAAGUAAAUAAAUGAAAAGCUGGAUGUGAACCAUUUUCUUCUUUC